UACCGGAAGUAGCGUGACGUCACAAGAGCUGGGGCUGCUGAGUCUUUCCUAUUGUUUUCAAUGAUGGCCGCCAGAAGUGAGAGCGAUUCCGACCGAGAUAGCGACGAUUUCCCCAUUAAUUUGAGCGAGGAUGAAAGAUUUUUGGAUGAGGAAAGUGCAAGUGAAGGACUAGUGGGGAUUGGAAGCCAUUCAGAAGCUGUUUUAGGGAUAGAGCCAUACCGCUUUGAACCCGACGCUGACGAAGACGGUCAGGAGGACGCUGCUGCUAUUGAUGCUGGAGGAGCACACGACAUAGAUCGCCUUCAGAAUACAGAAUGGUGUACAUGUCAAAACUGUGUGAACAUGGAGACAGUGGCUGAGUGUCUCUGCUGUCGUGAGCUAGAUGCAGUGGCCAGAACGAUGGAGGAGGAGAGGGUGGAGACGUGCAUCAUAGACCACCCUGGCUUUCCAUCUGUGUGUCUGGAUGAAUGGGUGCUGCAGACAGCUUAUUACGCCUACGAACAGCAAUAUGGCAUGCUGCAGCAACAGCAAAAUGAGCGGAGACGACACACAGCCUAUCGACAGUUUGUCCGCUUCUGCCGGGGAUAUCUGGGAAAGGACAUAAGGGUGGUACUACCAGCUUGUGUAGUACAUAAGAUUAGGACAACAUUCCCAUCGAUGGACUACACGGGGUUCCAAGACGUGCAGUGACUGCAACACAAUCCACAUGGCCACUGUACUUAAUCAAUAAAAGAAAUCAAUCAAUCAAUCAAUCAAUGUUUAUUUAUAUAGCCCUAAAUCACAAAUGUCUCAAAGGGCUGCACAAGCCACAACGACA